GAGCUGUGGGUUUCUGCUGGUCCGUCUGUUUCUCUUGUCCCUGCUGCUGUGGAUGUUACUGAGAGUGCGAUCAGCAGAGGUACAUAGAGAGGACUGUCCUCUGCUGGAGAGCAAGAGAAUGAUACACAGGGUCUGGAAGGGAAAAGAAAAGAGAGAGGACUGCGAGGUGUAAUAAACUGUGUGAUUACUGCAUACCAAGAAAGAGAGUGAGGCAGCAAGCAAGAGGGAAUGAUUACUCUGCGCAUUUCUCUGUGUCCCAGCUGGCGAAACAAUAGCAACGAUGGGAGGGUGCGGUGAAUAGGAGCAACAGCAAGAGGCGGUGGCUGGGAGCUUGCACGGAUCAUCUGAAUAGAGCCGCAUACAAGACAACACGGAUGCCCAGACAAAGGGGGAGAGAUCAGAGGGAAUCAGGCUGCUGACACAGUGACAGGAGGGGACAAACUUGAAGGCUGCAAAGAAGGGGUGUCUGUCUGGCAGAGAGAGCACAAGGGCGAUACCAGGUGGAGUCUGACUGCAGAAGAAAGAGGAGCAAGCGUGGAUUUUAAUCAAAGCAGAGUGCAAGACUCGUUGGGGUGAGGGACCCUCGUCAUUGUGAGGAUCUCAAACACUGCGUAACCCAGAGACGUUAACUGCACUGAAGAGUUCUCACUGUGAGACAGGAUUUGUAUUGAGAUACCUUUCCUGGUCCCAGUGUGGUAGACUGACUAUCUAGCAGUGGUCUUGUGGAAGGGCUGGUUUGUCCGAGGAUUAGAUAGUGGCACUUGCAGCUAGGCACAAGUGACACUUCUUCAGCUGACCGCUGCAGGUUUAGUUAUGCCCUUAAAUUAAGAGGAGGCCUUAAACUGGGCCACAUUAUUUUGUGCUGAAACCAGCAGUUUUUUGUUCCUUUUUAAUCAAACUGCUUUGAACUUGCUGGUACUCCCGUAAGCCGGGUCCCUGCAAGGGGCCAGGAUGAGCGACGGUGGGCGGGAGCCCCAGCGGCUCUCCCCUUUCCGAAUGUUGAAAAUCCUGGAGACCUGCCGACCCGCAGGCAGCCGCAUUGGUAUUGUCCACGAAAAUGUGAAGAUGGGCUCUGAUGGAGAAAGUGACCAGGCUUCUGGCACGUCCUCCGACGAGGUCCAGAGCCCUGUUCGGGUUCGCAUGCGGAACAGCAGCCACCGGCGCAUCUCCAAUGAGGACAUCAACAAGCGCCUCUCCUUGCCAGCAGACAUCCGUUUGCCGGAGGGCUACCUUGAAAAGUUUGCGAUGAACAGCCCACCUUUUGACAAGCCAAUGAGCCGACGGCUGCGGCGUGCCUCACUGUCUGAAAUUGGCUUUGGCAAGCUGGAAACGUAUGUAAAGCUGGAUAAACUGGGGGAGGGCACUUAUGCCACCGUAUACAAGGGUCGCAGUAAGCUGACUGACAAUCUGGUGGCCUUAAAGGAGAUCCGGUUGGAGCAUGAGGAGGGUGCUCCCUGCACUGCCAUCCGAGAAGUGUCACUCUUGAAGGACCUGAAACAUGCCAAUAUUGUGACGCUGCACGACAUCAUUCACACCGACAAGUGCCUGACAUUGGUGUUUGAGUAUCUGGAGAAGGACCUAAAGCAGUACAUGGAUGACUGUGGGAACAUCAUGAGCAUGCACAAUGUCAAGAUCUUCUUAUUCCAACUUUUGCGAGGUCUGGCUUACUGCCAUCGAAGGAAAGUACUACACAGAGACCUUAAGCCCCAGAAUCUCCUCAUCAAUGACAAGGGAGAGCUCAAGCUGGCUGACUUUGGUCUGGCCCGUGCUAAGUCUGUUCCCACCAAGACAUACUCUAAUGAAGUAGUGACACUGUGGUAUCGACCGCCUGAUGUACUACUGGGAUCCACAGAGUACUCAACCCCUAUCGACAUGUGGGGUGUGGGUUGUAUAUUCUAUGAAAUGGUGACAGGAAGACCCCUCUUUCCAGGAUCUACGGUAGAGGAUGAACUCCAUUUGAUAUUCCGUGUCUUAGGCACUCCCACAGAGGAGACGUGGCCAGGGAUCACCAGCAGUGAAGAAUUCAAAACGUACAGCUUCCCACGAUACCAUGCAGAGUCACUCGUCAACCAUGCACCCAGAAUAGACAGUGAUGGACAUGACUUACUGUCACAGCUGCUUCAGUUUGAGGCAAAAAAGCGGAUGUUGGCUGAGGAGGCCCUCCGGCACCCUUACUUCCGCAGCCUGGGGGAGCAGGUGCAGACUCUGCCUGACACUGUAUCCAUAUUUUCUGUGAAGGACAUCCAGCUCCAGAGAGACUUAGGAAAGAGGUCUGCACCAUACCCAGAAACAGAAUCAGAUAAAACGGGCUCUGUGCCCUCAGAGUUUUUCCAGAAUGAUGGUGCCAAAGCAAGGACUCAGUCUUACGCCCUCACAUCCCCUUCCACUGGCUGAGGGACCUCUCCCAUUGCGCACAGGGGAAGAGUCGAAGGCAGAGCAUGUUGUUUUAGCUACUGCAGCAACACCAUUGGAAUGGACUGCUGUUCAAGACACAUAGAAGGAAAAAACAACUAAUAAACCCAGUCGAAGGAAGUGGAAAGAGACUAAAGAAAAAACACCUGUCCUUGAUGCUGCUGCCAUGCUGGACACUUGAGGAGUACUUUAUACAUUUGUUUUUGUUUUUAGUUAGGACUCUUAAUUCUGAUUUUUGGAGGGAAAAUGACACUUCAUAAUUAACGCUCCAAUGAAAGAAGGAUAACUCAUUGGGACAUUUCUAUAUUGCUUUAUGUACAUAGUUCUUUUUUCUUAAUGUAUAGACUCAUAAUCACCCACUCAAAUCCUGCCCUUUCUAGUCACUUCCUAGAUUGAUUCAUGCCCAUCUGCGCUGCUGCACAUAAUAGAUUUUGGGGGGCUGUGGCAGGAAAGGGCAGCACAGCUCAUGUGAAGAAUGUGUGUACAGCAGUCUUCACGUGAAAAAUCAAGGAGUCAAGGAGGGAGGGUGAUAAAUUCAGUUCAGAGCAAUAUUACUAGUUUUUUUUUUUUCUUUAAAAAGGUUUACUGGCAGCCCAAAUGCCUGUUUUCUGUUCAGGCUGCCACCUGAUCAGCUAAAAACUUUCAGUCUUUACUAUUGCAAUAUACAGUUAUUUGAUCACUUGAACUGUAAUGCAUCUUAUAAUGCAGUAGAAUGGUAUAGUAGUAAUAUUGUUGGUAUUUGCUGCUAAUUAGGAUUGCAUCAAUCACUAACAGUGAAAUGUGGCACAGCCUAACUGCAUAGUUUUGUGCACAAAUAGGCCAGAAAAUUGCUACAUGAGAAGUAAUGGGGCCAUGCACUACAAAUGUAUAGUGAUAAACUUCUUCAUACAAUAAGCCUGUUUCCUACAAUAUUGAAAUGUACAACAAAGGGGAAGAAAUGGUUUUUAAUGUUCACAGCCAUUCAAGUUUAGAACCUUUUACAUUUUUACUUUUUUUUUGUUCCAUUAAAAUCAGACUUUCUGCCCUACAGAAGUGUACUGUAUAUUCAUGUGAUUACAACAUAUACUCUGUCACAUUCCACCCAAUCAGAACCCUACACAAUUUCUAUAAGAGGUUUAAAAAUUUUUAAAUAUUUUUCCCUUUGUUUUGACCAUUUUUGCUUGUGGUACUAUAUUAUUUAUAUUGUUUUUAUUAUAUCUGUCAUCUGGGUAUUUUUUGAGUUCUGGUUAUAAUAGUCUUUUCCAAGGCACAGUGGUUGUUGGCUGCAUAGGUAAUACCACAAACUACAUCCAUUUAGCCCUGUUUGCUUCUUUUAUAAGCCUUGAAUUAUGCUGGGAAUUCUGUGCCAAUCAGAAAUAUUGUUUUAUCAGUGUAUAAUGUGUUUUAAUUUGAACCACAGCGUUAUUUUGUUGUAAUUUUACUGUUACAAUGUUUGGUAGUUAUAGCCCAAAACUUGCUUUUUGAUUUUCUAUCAUGAGUACGUAUUAGUUCCUUAGUGGAGAUCCUUUGUGAAAGCUUGACCGAUUCACUGUAUUUUUUUAAUGGAAAAUCAGGUAAUUUUUCCCUCCCCCCCCCCCC